UUUGUAUCCAUGGAGCAUGAAUUACCUCUUGAAGUCAUCAGUGAGGAUUUACGACUGGUCAACAAAGGCACGUGAUUCCAGAACGCUCUCCCAUAUUUGGCCGCAUACCUGGCAAAGUACAGUAGGGCUUCAUUGCUUAUAAUUCAUGAUUGCAUCCAUAAAUCGUGCAAGCACACAGGAUUAUAGCGACAAAGAUCUACAAAUCGAGGCUUUAAAAAUCCAAGCAAAUGAGCUCUUACUUUGUAAACUCGUUCUCAGGGCGCUAUCCAAAUGGCUCCGACUAUCAGUUACUAAAUUAUGGGACUAACGGCGCUGUGAGCGGCUCCUUCAGAGACCCUGGCACCAUGCACUCCGGGUCUUUCGGCUACAACUACAAUGGCAUGGACCUAACCGUGAACCGCACUAACACCGGCAGCCACUUCGGGGCCAUGAGGGGGGGUGGCCGGGGAGGCCGGGGAUUCGGGCCGGACGCCCGGUACAGACAGACAUCCAACUGCUCGCUCUCAUCUCCAGAGCCGGUGCCGCCGUCGUGCGCCACGGCCAGCCGGGAGCCGCUGGAACUAAAAAGCCCCUCUCCCCCGUCUGACCGGAGCACGACCUCGAGCGGCAACAACCUCAACAAAAGCAACAACGCGCACUUCACGGAGAUAGAGGACGCAACCGUCGCCACCGAGACCGAGGAAGGCGCACACAGCAGCGGCGGCUCCAGCACGGCACCUCGGGCGCAGCAGCAGCAGCAGCAGCAGCAGCACCAGGAACCCAACGCCACCUCCUCCACCCCCACAUCAAAUGAUUGCCAAACGCCACAAAUAUUCCCCUGGAUGCGGAAACUGCACAUAAGCCAUGAUAUGACUGGACCUGAUGGGAAAAGGGCCCGAACUGCGUACACCCGCUACCAGACGCUAGAGCUGGAGAAAGAGUUUCACUUCAAUAGGUACCUAACCAGACGGCGGAGGAUAGAGAUAGCCCACGCCCUGUGUCUUUCCGAAAGACAGAUCAAAAUCUGGUUUCAGAACCGCAGGAUGAAGUGGAAGAAGGACAAUAAACUGAAAAGCAUGAGUCUUGUAACAGGAGCAAGCGCCUUCCACAACUGAACAACUUUUACGGAGAGUAAAAUAAUCAGAAUUUAAAAAAAAAGAAAGAAAAGAGAAAGAAAUCCAUGAGUACUGUAAAGCUAUUGAAAGCGCAGCACCUUCCAGCAUGCUAUUGUGAUAGAAAACCAAGUAUUCUGUGGUCUUUAAAUGCCAUUUUUAGUUUCCUGUUGUUGUACUACGAUAGCUUAGACGUCCUGUUUGGAAAAAUGAGAUGUAAAUAUUACUGGGGGUUUUACCUGUCCAAGCUCUUUGCCUCCUCUCUCUCUGUCUCUGUCUCUCUCUCUCUCUCUCUCUCUCUCUCUCUCAAAGGUGUUUUAACUUGAGCUCUUUAUUGUAACGUCUUGACGGUCUAACAGGAGUAAAUUCAAUGUACAGUUUAAAAAAGAGGAAGUUUCCAAACCACAUGCUGCUCUUCAUUGAAUGUAAUGUACUGCGGGGCCAUUCAAAGCGCUUUAGUGUAACGUUUCCUGCUAUUUUUGAUGGUUAUCUUGUGGCCAGACCCAUGAACUUUCAUCAACAAGCCAAUGUGUAGCUUUAGGAUAUUUUGUGCAUCUAUUAUUAUUAUUAUUAUUAUUAUUAUUAUUAUUGUUUAGAGCUAAUUAUGAGCAAUGCAAAUGUAUUCAACCUGUCAAUGUGAUAAACUUUGAGUGCAAAGGGUUCUUCUGUGGGUAGGCAGUGAUGUAAGCUUUUUCGCCAAUAAGCUUUUUGUAUUUGUAAGUGAAUUCAUAGCGC